AACAACCACCACCCUAAGUGAGGUAGAGUACAGUACGGAGGAGCUAUCGAUAAGCCCGCCUCUGUGAUUCAUGGAAAUAAUGACGCAACACGAGAAACCGGCCCCUCCUGCUCCCCCCCUCCCCCCACUUGAAUCCAAGAAACACGAGAACGAGAUUAACAAGCAAUUGAUUAUAUUCCGUGCCUUCUUUCCCUUAUCCUGAACUUUGACUUGCCCAUUUCCUCCAUCCCCAUCUUCUUCUGUCUCUCUCCCGCAGAAAAACCUCCCUCGAUUCAUACCAUGAGCCCCCGGUGCUUCAUCAUCCGCCACGGCGAGACCGAAUGGUCCCUCAACGGCCGCCACACGGGCACCACCGACCUGCCCCUCACCGAGAACGGGGAGAAGCGCAUCAAAGCCACCGGCAAGGCCCUGGUGGGGAAUGAUCGAUUGAUCGCGCCGCGGAAGGUCGUUCACGUGUAUGUCUCGCCGCGGGCGCGCGCGCAGCGGACGCUCGAGCUCCUCGAGAUCGGCUGCAAGGAGCGCCUGCCCUGGACGGCGGCGCGCAAGCCCGAGGCGGAGGAGCCGAUCCGCACGGAGGCCCGGGUGGAGGUGACCGAGGCGGUGCGCGAGUGGGAUUACGGCGAUUACGAGGGGUUGACGAGCCGGCAGAUCCGGGAGUUGCGGGCGCGGAACGGGGAAGGGAGCUGGGAUAUUUGGCGCGAUGGGUGUCCCGGGGGAGAAUCCCCCGAAGACGUGAUCCAGCGGCUCGACGCCCUCAUCGCCGAGAUCCGCGCCAAAUACCACGGCCCGUGUUUCGAGUCCGAGUCCGCCAAGGGGGAUGUCCUGAUCGUGGCGCACGGACAUAUCCUGCGGGCGUUCGCGAUGCGGUGGACGGGCAAGCCGUUGACGGAGACGGCGUUGAUUCUGGAGGCCGGGGGUGUGGGCACGUUGAGUUACGAGCACCACAGCAUCGACGAGCCCGCGAUCAUCCUCGGUGGAGGGUUCGUGGUCGACUCCUGAUCCCAUCCUCGCUCGCGG